AUGGGCAACCAAUCCUAUGUCUCCGACAUCCAGGAAUGGCUGACUCCCCAGCCCAGUCGUCGGCCCGACAUCUUCCCCGAGUUUGAGAAGCUGGACACACCGCUGCCAAAGCCAUUGCCGGGUGACCCGGAGCUCCCUGAUGAGGAGGAGGAAGAGGAGAAGAAGAAAAACCCCAAGAAGGACCCAGAUGAGGAGGACCCAGAGAAGGAGAAGCCUGAGCCCAGCCAACCGGACGAGUGA